AUGGGGGCGCGCCUCAUGUUCCACUGCCUGCUGGAGCUGGACCGGCUGGCAGCUGAGGGGGCACCCACCAGGGGGCUGGUGGAGAACGUGGUGCUGCUGGGGGCCCCCGUCAGUUGCCGCCCGGAGCGCUGGGCCGCGGCGCGCAGCGUCGUCGCGGGCCGGCUGGUCAACGCCUACUCGGUCAACGACUGGUCCCUCCAGAUCCUGUUCCGCGCCCACUCGGCUUCCAGCCUGUACACCGCCGCCGCCGGCUGCUGGCGGGUGGGGUGCCCUGGAGUCGAGGACGUCAACGUCAGCAGGGUGAUCCGAUCAUCUGACGACUACGUGACGAGGAUAGAGGACGUCCUCGACGCCAUCAACCUGACGGGGGCGUGA